AGUAAAAGACUACUGAUUCAACCACUUCGGUAGCGCACAUUAAACCAGUCUUGUUAAUAUCAAUGUCAGUGUUUAUUAAACAUUAUUCUGUUUUACGUAUUGACUAGUUGAAAAAAAGGUAUUUGCUUGUUAAAUGAAAUUGUCUGAUUUGUUCAAUUGUUAACGUUACUGCACAAGGUUAAACGCUAAUGCUAACUAUCUAGCUAGCUAACAUCCCGACCAUGAGCUCACUAAGAUAUUGUUCUUAUUGUUAAGGUUAAUGCACUAGGCUAAUCGCUAAUGCUAACUAUCUAGCUAACAUCCCGACCAUGAGCUCACUAAGAUAUUGUUCUUAUUGUUAACGUUACUGUACGAGGCUAAACGCUAAUGCUAACUAUCUCGCUAGCAUCCCGACCAUGAGCUCACUAAGCUAUUCAGAGAAAGAAGCUCGAGGGCUGAACAUCAUCGUAAAAGAAGAAGAGGAAGAAGCUUUAAGAAUAAAAAAGGAAGAAGAGGUGGAUAUUACAUUGAAAGAAGAGAAGGAACCUUUUGGAGUAAAAGAGGAAGAGGAGGCUAUUUCAAUAAAUGACGAGGAGGAGGAGACUGAAGAUCCUGUUAACACCAGAGAGAGACAUGACUUUCGUGGAUCCUCUGCGGAGCCUCAACAACAUCCUGAUGCUGACGAGGAAGAGAAGAGUCUCUCCAGAUCAGAACACCAGAUGGACAACGCUAGCCCUUCCUCCCUCCCGGAGUCCCCGUGUCAUGCCUCUCCCGGUAGCACCUUACUGCUGGGUAUGAAGAGGUUGUCUGUGCUGCUGGUGGACUGCAGGAAAACAACGGGGCUGAGUGGAACUGUGAGAGGAGGAGAAGAGAAGAAAGGAUCAGAUUUGACUCAUCAAAAAGAGAGACCCGACUCAGAGGAACCAGAGACGUCUGAACCAGUGAGACGACACCACUGUUCCCAGUGUGGAAAGAGUUUUACCCGUUUAUGGAGCCUUGAAAUACAUAAAAGAAUACACACAGGAGACAAACCUUACCACUGUUCCCAGUGUGGAAAGAGUUUUACAUGGUUAAAUGUCUUGAAAAUGCAUGAAAGAAUACACACAGGGGAAAAACCAUUCCAAUGCUCUCAGUGUGGAAAGAGUUUUACACAGUUAGGGAAUCUUAAAAACCACAAGAGAACACACGCAGAGAAGAAGUCUUACAACUGUUCCCAGUGUGGAAAGAGUUUUAACCAUUUAGGGAAUCUUAAAAACCACAAGAGAACACACGCAGAGAAGAAGUCUUACAACUGCUCUCAGUGUGCAAAGAGUUUUACUCGUUUACGUAACCUAAAAUCGCAUGAGAGACGACACACAGGAGAUAAACCUUACCAAUGCUCUCAGUGUGGUAAGAGAUUUAUUGAGUCAACAGAACUGAAAGUUCAUAAGAGAAUACACACAGGGGAAAAACCAUUCCAAUGCUCUCAGUGUGUAAAGACAUUUUCCCGACCAGGGGUCCUGAAAUUACACGAGAGAAUACACACAGGGGAAAAGCCGUACCACUGUUCCCAGUGUGGAAAGAGUUUUACAUAUUUAAAUGUCAUGAAAAUGCAUGAAAGAAUACACACAGGGGAAAAACCAUUCCAAUGCUCUCGGUGUGUAAAGACAUUUUCCGGACCAGGGGGCCUGAAAUUACACGAGAGAAUACACACAGGGAAAAGCCGUACCACUGUUCCCAGUGUGGAAAGAGUUUUACUCAGUUAG